AGCACUUUCCAGACUGUCAAACUUUGAGAAUUCAGUUCAACAAUUUGGAUGUAAUGCAUAACUUGAACCUAAAGUACAUUGACAAAAGGAUAACUAUAGAUAAGGAUAUCUGUUUUUUCAUUGAAGAGCUUGGAAUCUGCUAAAAAGCCCCAAAGAAAGUGUUUCCAGAGUCCAGGCACGAGCAGAUCUUCACCAGCUCACUGAAAGCCAUAUACAUCGUUCUGGGCAACAAUGGAGACUUUGCAGGCUACUUUUUUUUUGUUUGUGUUUGUACCUUUGGUAAAUCCAGCACCACCUCUACAGCAAGAAUCACUCCAGUUCUAUGACUAUGAUAGAGAUGUUUCCAUGGAAAGCCUGACCCAACAAGAUUAUGAAAUGCAAUCCAAGGAUAUAAGAAAGGAUGGAACAAACGUUUCUCUUGACACCUCCCUAAUGCUGCAAAGCGAUGACAGCCAACUCGAUGUCCCACCAACAAAGGACACAAACCUGCCCACGUGUUUGCUGUGCGUGUGCCUGAGCGGCUCCGUGUACUGCGAGGAGAUCGACAUCGAGGCCGUGCCCCCCCUGCCCAAGGAAACCGCUUACCUCUACGCUCGCUUCAACAAGAUCAAAAGGAUUGCAGCCUCAGACUUCGCUGACAUUACGACCUUGAGAAGAAUUGAUUUUAGUGGAAAUAGGAUAGAAGAAAUAGAAGAUGGAGCCUUUUCAAAGCUUCUGCUGUUGGAAGAACUUUCUCUUGCUGAAAAUCGACUUGUAAAACUUCCUGUUCUACCUCCCAAACUGACAACAUUUAAUGCAAACCAAAACAGAAUCAAGAGUAGAGGAAUCAAAGCAAAUGCUUUCAAGAAGCUCACAAAUUUGGCCUACCUCUACUUAGGACACAACGCACUGGAAUCUGUCCCCCUGAACUUACCGGAGAGUCUGCGCAUUCUUCACCUUCAGUACAACAACAUCACCACCAUCACGGAUGACACGUUCUGCAAGUCCAACAACACGCGCUACAUCCGCACGCGGAUGGACGAGAUCAGGAUGGAGGGCAACCCCAUCGUCCUGGCCAAGCACGUCAACGCCUUCUCCUGCCUGAGGAUGCUGCCCGUGGGAACCUACUACUAGCACGUGCCACCCCACAUGCCACACCCUGGCAUGCUAACAAGGAUCACGGCUUCCUUUGUUUACAAGUUCAUAUCCUCUCCCUUACUAAUGCUCUUUUCCCUGCACACCCAGGACCUUCUGCUAUGUUGCACCGUUCUCCUCUGAAAUAACCAUUUCAAACCAGUCACUUUCGUAGCUGUGAUGUCCCUCAUGCUUUCAGAAUCUUUUCUGUUAACAAAAGUGUAAAAAUAUAUAUACAUUCAUACACAUUAUCUCAACUUUUAUUUCACCACAUACUCUUUAGAUAAAACCACACGAAACUGCUUAUUCUCAUUCUUUACCAGCACUCAGAACAACCACCAGAUUUUACUUUCAGAAAAAUGCAAGAUUUUCUUUGAGCAAACCAAAGAGGAAAAAUAAUUCUGAAUUCUAAUCCCACUCUUUUAAUCUGGAGUGAAAUCUUUUCAGUUGACCUUCAAAAGUGUAUUGGAUGAAGAUGCAGAUGAGAGAAAGUUAUGUUUAGAGACAGAACUUCUCAAAGCUUAAAGUCAUUAACAUUUCCUUAAAAACUUGAUUUGUGGUAAAUGAGAAAAACUCCUGUUUAGGUUUAGUACACCGAGCAACAUAGCAACUGGAGCUUUGUAAAGAUGUUUUAGCUUUCCUUCUACUAUUCUGCUUUGAAAAUACGUGUUUUAUUUUUACACAAUAUAUUUUUAAGUGAAAUAUAUAUGUUUUGCUGCAUUGUUCUCACAAGAGCUGUUUUUGCAACACCAGCUUCCUAUUUUAAAACAAUGCUCUACAUACAGCAUAACAGACUCAAAUACCUUUGUUACUAACUAAUGAUGUAGACCAAACCUUGGUUCCACAGCUUCUCCUGACAGGAAAUGUGAUAAUAUAGUUAAAAGCAAAGCUGAAUUCAUGUGUUUACCUGUAAAUAAGAAUGAUUUCAUCUAGAUGUCAGAGCAAAGAAAUAGAACUACCCUUCUGCAGCAAUACUUCUGAUUAUUAGGGAAAAAUCAAAUCAGACUUGGAAGUUACAAAGAAAAGUUGAUUCCAUCAUUAAUCUGAAAUCAGAGGUAACUUCAACCAUUUCACUCAAUGACUUGAACCUAGGCAGUGUAUUAAAAACAAAUUGACAGGUGCAGGCCCUGACACUCAAUUCAUCUAAAAGUGGCCAUCACUGAUAAAGGGCACAAUGUUUUUAAUUCCACAACUGUACAUUUCUGACAUCCAGUUUCUCCUUUCCAAUAACUACCACAGGUGUAAAGCCUCCAGACAAUUGAAUGCCAAAGGCGUGCUAGUUACUAUUACCACAUCCACUUUGUACUAAUUUUGAAGCUAGUGUAGAUUCCUAAUUAGUAGAAAUAGUUAAGCAUCAAAUGCAUGAUGAUGUAUCACUACAUCUAAAAUAUUGAUUUUACAAGAUAUUUUGUAUUAGUUUUAUUUAUCUUAUUUAGCUAAGCCUUGAUUUGUUAGUGCUUGUGUUAUGGGGAAUUGAUACCCUCUUAAUUCUGAACACAUUUUUUGCCCUGAACCCAUUACCCAUAAAAAACAGCAACCCCCAAUGGUUCCCAUUUUGAGUUAUUUAGUGUAAAAGAAGGAAAUUCCAUUGUCUUAACUAAGAACAAAACCAAGUCCAGCAGCAAUACUUGGUUUUCAUUUUCCACAUAAAUCAUAAAACUUUGAUGUUCCCAGCUUUUUAGCAAAAUGUAAAAAACAACUUGAAAGCAUGUAAAAAUACAUUCCAAUGUCAAGCCAAAUUUCUAUUUGGAAAAAAAUUAAACCCAUCAAUUCUCUUACAUCUCUUGUGAUAAAUGCCUAAGAUGGAAAAAACACAGCUGUAAGUGUAAUAAUGUUAUAUAAGCAGCAGCCUCUGAUCUUAUUCUCAUCACAAAUCAUUGCUACUAAAACUCUUUUCAGUAAAUCACCAUAAAUAAAAAACCCAGUAAACAUCACCAAAAACAUGUAUACACAAAUAAAUGCAUAUUUUUGUAGUAUAUACACACAUGUAAACAUACUACCUACCACCACACAAUUAAUUUUACAUUAAAAUGUUGUAUACAAUUUUGAAACGUACUAAUUAUCAUCAGUAACACUAAUUAAUGCUAUUAACACUUUGUGAGCAAACCAAAGUAGACAAGUGGUACCUUCUGAAUGUCUCAUGCAGGCACCAAGUUCUCUGAUGUGUUUUACUUCAUUUUCCCCAUUCACAGCAAGUUAAUCAAAACAUGAAGUGAGAAAAGCUUCAGUAGGGAGGAUUUCCACCUCCUAUUUCUGUGACCAGUACUAAUAUCAAGCUGAAUGUAAACCAUUUUAUUUUUUCCUAUCACUGAUUUCUGUUCUGAAUUUCCAAUAAAACUUGAAUUUUUGUUCUUGUUUAUCA